UCUGUGGCAUUGUCUGUAAGGCCUGUGGUCUUAACCUAAAAAGUUCAAAAUAUUACAUUAAAUAUAUUUUUUUCCUUUCUUUUCUAUAGCCCUGUUAGGCCCAAAGAUAUGGCCUUCGCUUUAAAAAUUCGUUCAAUUAUUAGUAGGUCAAUUUUCACAGAUCUAAGAACUAUUCGUUUAUAUUCGGACCAGGCUGAUGAAUCGGAAGAACAACAAAAAGCAAUUGAUCCUCUAAAAGAUAGAACAAAACUUAUACCUGUAGAAAAUAGUAUCAAAUACUUGAACAGUAAAGCUUAUAAAGAAACUUAUGGAGAAAAUCCAGUUUGGUUUCUAUACAGACGCAAUCAUAGGGGUGGAUUUGCGCCAAGAAAAACAAGAAGAACUUGUAUUCGCAAUGGGAUUAUAUCAACGGGAAACCCUUGCCCUAUUUGCCGCGACGAAUACCUCAUACUAGACCCAAGGAACACAAAACUAUUGGAGCAGUUUAUAUCUGAAUACACUGGCCAGAUUUUAGAUGCAUUUAAAACUGGUCUUUGCCAGAAAAAGCAUAAGGAGCUGUUGGUUGCUAUUGAACGAGCCUGGGAUCAGGGGCACUUGACCUACAGUGUACCUUUCAGGGAAUAUAAUUACUCACUAUACAAUAAAAAUGUUGGAAUAAAUUAAAAACAUGUAUUAAUAGUUUGAUCAAUUCUAGUUUAUUAAAAUAUUGUUAGUUGAAAUA